CUAUCGCGCGAGUCGUUCUCAUAUCGCCCACUACGAUAUUAGUAGUUACUUUCGAUAUUCUUAUUGUAAUACAUGAAUAAAUAAUUACGCAAGGAAACACAGCGAUAGAUAGCAAAUGCAAACAACUUGCUCGUUUUCUAUAGUAAAGUAACCUUUAACGUUAACAUUAACAUUACCUUGUAGUAAUAAUUAUCGUCUACAACUCUCAGAGAGAGAAACAAUUUUUUUUUUUGAUAUCCAAUGAGGAUUUUGUGUUUUGUGUGAAAGAUGCCGAUUUAUUUGGAGUUUAAGAAAAUCAAAUUUAUGGACCCUACGACUGUGCUGAAGAUCGUUGUUGUAAUACAUUACAUGCUUUCAGUGUUGGGUGCCUUAGGUAGCUACAAUCCCAUUGUAUAUUUGUUUUACAAUUUUGUUGUCAUAUUUUUAUUAAUAUGGAGUAUAUACGCCAAACAAGAGGAACCUCUGAAAUUGGCUAUCGUUAUUAAUAUGUGCUCCAUAAUUUUGGACGCCUUAUAUAUUGUAGCAAUGGCGGACAGUUUACAGGGAUUAAAAAGUUCCUUAUCAGCUGCUGCAUCUUUAAUUCAUUUAAUAUUUAGACCGUUCAGUAUUUUAUUAUUAAUGAAGAAAGACGAGAAACUUAAUACUCCAAAACCAGAUACAGAGAACCCUGAAACGGGAACACAGACUUUGGAGGAUUACGAUUUUCCCACUUUUCAGAAGAAUAGACUAGUCAUAACAUAGCACAUGUAGAUAAUUAACAAAGUUUACGAUUUCAUUUAUAAAACACUACGAUAUGUGGUUAAGUAUUAACUAUCUAUAACAUUGGAAGAAGCCACGGUUGCCAUACGAAGAGAUAAUUUUAUUCUAAGACUGCUGUUGUAUAAAACUUUGGUGAAAAUCAAUUAUUGGUGUCGUUGUUUUAACCAAAUAAAAACUUUAAUGUAAAAA